AUGCGCUGCAUCAAAGCUAAGCUCCACUGCGACUAUACCACAGCUUUCAAGUUCUCCAUUGCGACCGGAGCAACAGCGGACAGGCGUAAGGUUGAGCGGAUCCUGCUUCCUAAACAGGACGACAUAUUGAGCUUGACCACCUUCCGGCCCACUGCUACCCUGCCUGGCGAGACCGAUGUGGAGAACCAGUACCUAAAGUACUUCCACCAAGAGACGACAUCCGGAUUCCAGAGCGCAUGGGAUUGGUCAGUCUGGAAUCGUCUCAUGCUUCAAGGAUGCCACCACGAAGCAUUUAUCCGAGAUGCCGUUGUCGCCAUCGGCGCGCUUCACAAGUCGCUUCGUACGGCGGCGGCGACUGGCACAAAUACGAAGCACUUGGAAGAGCUAGCAAAGUUACAACGACAGUUUGCAUAUCAGACAUAUGGCAGAGCAUUAAAAAAGAUACAGCACGCGAUCGACACUGGAUCUGGACCACGUGAUGCGCUCAUCGCAUGCUUGCUAAUCGUAUGCUUCGAAUCUCAUAGUGGCGACCGCUACAAAGCCGUCAUGCAUGCCCAAUACGGUCUGCGCAUUUACUACCAAUUACCACAAGCAGACCGUCCCUCAAAGGUGGAAGACGAUAUCGCGGACGCGUUCCGCAACCUGGAUAUCACAAUCUCGACCAUCAACGACUGGCGCACUGUCGAGACGCACGAGAAGCUCCUGAAUGAAGAUGCCCCCAUCGCAGCAUCCAUGCCCCUCGUCUUCGCCAACCUAGACGAAGCAAAACGCUACUGGCACAUCAUAAUGCAACGCUGCUGCCACUUCAUCCCCACCACCUGGCAGCACACCGACCCAGCCUCCCUCAUCCGCCCCUUCAAAACAGCUCCCCCGGACAGCGUCGUCACAACCGUCGGCACAAACAUCCACACCGCCUCCUUCAAGCUCUCCCCAGAAGUCGAAGCCGAACAAGCAAAAUACUACGCCGAAAUGUGCCGCUGGAUCCUCGCCUUCUCGCCCGUCUUCCAACGCACGCGGCGCACAGCGAAGAGCACACUCCGCGAGUUCGUCACAGCCACCAUGCUGCAGAUCCAAGCGCUCAACGCAAAAGUCACGCUCGCAGGUAUUAUCUACGUCAACGAAAUGGGCUACGACGACCACCUCUCAGACUUCACAUCCAUCAUCCGGCUCUCCCACGACAUCCUCAGAAUCCGCAACGCAGGCUCCCCCAUCUCCUACUUCUCAGGCCUCUUCGUGCUCGACCUGGGUAUCAUCGUGCCCUUAUUCACGCUCCUGCUUAAAUGCCGCGAUCGCGUGCUGCGGUACGAUGGCAUCGAGAUUCUGAAACAGUGGCAUGUGGAGGGGUGGUGGGAUCCGCUGCUUAUUAUCGCGAUAUGUAAGUGUGUUAUUGGGGUUGAGGAGGAGGAGAUGGUGGAGGGGGGGAUUCCGGAGUGGGCCAGGGCGACGCUGACGGGGAAGGCGCAUCGGCCUCCUGAGAGGAGGAUGUGGGUGCAGUGUGUGCAGAGGAGGAGGGAGGGGCUGAGGUGGGUGGAGAGGUUUGUGGAGUGGUGA